AUGGAGGUCUCACAUAAUGGGCAUGCCAACACCUACUCUUUUAAGUGUAAUGGCAAAAGAAUCAUUCUCAGUCCACUUGAGCCCAAGAGUGGGAAAAGCAAGAGGAAAGAGGAGACGAAAGGAAAACAAGUUGGUCGACCCUUACAUAUUCUGAACAAGAAGGACUUUGAGUUUGAGAGUCAAGAAACUCAGGUCGUUUAUGUGGUUGUUGCUAAGGAAGCCGAGCAGAAGAGUCUUGAGCAGGAGACACCUCCGGAAGUAUUCCCCAUACUUUCUAAGUUUGAAGAUGUCAUUUCUGAGCCAUCGAGUGAAUUGCCUUCGAUAAGAGAUAUUCAACAUGCUAUUGAUCUUGUUCCUGGUUCAUCUUUACCUAAUUUGCCACAUUAUAGAAUGAACCCAAAGGAACAUGACGAGCUAAAGAGGCAAGUAGAUGAACUAAGGGAAAAGGGUUUUAUUCAGGAGAUCAUGAGUCCAUGUGCAUGUCCUGCCCUUCUCACUCCCAAGAAGGAUGGCACCUAG